CCAAGCGCAUUUUAUUUUCAAAAUUAAACAUGCAUUUUUUUGGUCACGUAUUUAGCAUAAAAAAAUGAGCACGAAUAAAUUUCCGUAUUUUCCAUCUCUGUACGAUACCGCCACCAGAAAUGAAGAUAUCUGGACUAACCUCUUCUCAAACCGAAAUGAUAAAGAGCGGCCCGUAACCUCUGAGCAGGAACCGUGGCCCAGCAGCUUGGCGGUGAUUAAGUAUCAGCCGCUAGACUUUUACUGUCCACCGGCGGGGUCCAGUACCGCAUGGAGCGAAGUGGAUGAUGUCUGCGAACUGGCCAUCAGACUCAAGGAGAUAGAGUUGCUGAACCUUGUCGGAGCAGGCUUUGAUUCCAGGAGAUAUCUUUUCCUGAAGACCUUAAAAGACGAAAAGACGGAAGAACUUUUGGGAGGGAAAGCAGACGACACCUUAACGUGACCUGUGAACGUCCCGAACAUCCAUAGUCCGUGUAAAUGUCAGUUUAAAGGUUAAGUCUUGUGCCAGUGAUGAUAACAAAGAAAAUAUUUUGAUAAUACAAUUCAUAUCGAUUUCCUGAUGCAUGGAUA